GCGUUCGUUACAUAAGGAGAUCAAUGAUUAGAUUAGCUUUGGAGACGCUGAUAAAACAGACAAGUUACUGCUCUGUUGUGAGAAAAACAGCUUUGGCCGGGACGUCCCCAGAAGACCAGCUCAUAUUUGAUCUCGCUUUGGGGACGGAAUGUCGUCACAGGCCACACUGUCCCUGCGAGAUUAGCCGGAAUAAUUGUGAGCCAAGAUCAAUGUAUUUCACAAGUUGGAGCUCAGAACUGAAGCUCAGAUUCCACUGAUCAGAUGAUAAUAAUCAUUUUUUUUUCCUAGAAGUCUCUCGUCUGUCAAAAGAUGGCGGCAGCUGAUUUCCGUAACGAUGGAUUUUAGCACAGUGGGCCUCAGGGGGGUGUAAAGGUUGAGGAACGUGUCCGCAACGCCACAAAGGCAAACAAAUAUGCUACAGCCUUGAGUAAAGUCCGAUGGGGAUCACACAGACGGGACUGGCUGGCCUGGGAGAGCUCGGCAGCAGAGGAACGGACCCGGAGGUUUGUGAUAUCAUGGAUCUCCUCCACAGCUGGGGGGUCGAGCUGGCGGUCCACCUGCAGGCCGCGUACGGCCGCUACGAGGGCCUCUUCGGCCUGGCCUCCACGGUGGCCGACCUGCACACCGCGUUCUUCUGCUUCUUCCCGGUCUGGUUCCACCUGCGGAGGGACGCGGCGCUCAGGCUCAUCUGGGUGGCCGUCCUCGGCGACUGGCUCAACCUGGUGCUGAAAUGGGUUCUGUUUGGGGAGCGGCCGUACUGGUGGGUCCACGAGACACGGUUUUACGGAGCGGAACCGGCCCCGUCGCUGCAGCAGUUCCCCAUCACGUGUGAGACUGGACCAGGAAGCCCUUCGGGUCAUGCCAUGGGGGCAGCCGGGGUCUGGUAUGUGAUGGUGACAGCGCUGCUCGCCAUGGCAACAGAGAAGCGAUGCCCUCCGCUGCUGUACAGACUCCUGCAGGUAGGCCUGUGGGUGCUUAUGGGCCUGGUGGUGGUGGUGGUCUGCAUGUCCAGGGUCUACAUGGCCGCCCACUUCCCACACCAGGUGGUUGCCGGCGCCAUUACAGGUGUUCUCGUCGCCGAGGCUGUCUCGAAGGAGAAAUGGAUCCUCAGCGCCGGCAUGAAGAAGUACUUCCACACCACCCUCUUCCUGACCGCCUUCGCCGUCGGCUUCUACCUGGUCCUCAGGUCCGUGGGCGUGGAGCUGCUGUGGACCCUGGACAAAGCCCAGAAGUGGUGCGCGAGGCCCGAGUGGGUCCACCUGGACUCCACGCCCUUCGCCAGCCUCCUGCGCAACAUGGGCACCCUGAUGGGCCUGGGCCUGGGCCUCCACUCGCCCCUCCACGCCCAGAAUGAGAAGAAGGAAACAAGCAGCGGCUUCAAGAUGGGAUGUAUCAUUGUCUCCUUGUUCCUGCUGCAGCUGUUGGAUGGAUGGACAUUUUCUCAUGAAAACCUCAUGACUUUCUACCUCCUGUCGUUUGGUAAAAGCGCAGUUGCACUUUUCAUCCCGACCGCGCUGGUUCCCUGCGUGCUCCACUGGAUUUGCAAAGGAAAGAGAGAAGACAAGAACUUCUGAUUUCACGAGUCAAUUAUGGGUUUAAUUGUCUGUAGUGAGACAUUUAAAGUUUCAGGAAAAUGUGCCUGGAGUUAUUGUGCUGGGCUGGAUAUCGGUCCUUUAAAAGGAAUAUGUACUGUAGUUGGGUUCAGGAAGCAGCUUAUUGAGGCUGGUUCUGUCCAGAGUUCCUGUGAUAUCGCCAAACUUAUAUACAUAUGUGGAAGUUGAUUUGUGAUUCUUUAAGAGAGUUUGUGUUGGGAGUAUUUUUAAAUUGCCCUUUUUACAAAUUGGUCUUUGCACGUAUUAAAGACAGAAAACACAAGGUUUCAGAACACAAGCUGCAAGGAUGACCCCUAAAAACUGGAUAUGAGUCAGAUACUUUGCACCGAAGGACCCAAAAUGUGUCAAUGUCAUUGUGUGUUUGCUUUGUUUUCGAGAAUAAAGUAUUGUUUAACACACGCUG